CGCCGCCGAUAGCCAAUAGUGUGCGGACACGGCGGAAGGUGAUCCGGUGGCUCAGCGCUGCACAGACACAGCGGGGCAGAGAGUGCAGAGUCGGAGACGCGGAGGGACACGGGACAGGAGAGCAGCCUGAGCACCGGGAACAUGGCGGGGACUUUGUUAGGAGCUGUGGUGUGCACCUUGUUUGUUGCUGCAAACUGUUUCUACACAGCCAGCGAUGAUGUGGUUGAGUUAACACCAACAAAUUUUAAUCGAGAGGUUCUUCAAAGUGACAGUCUAUGGCUUGUGGAAUUUUAUGCCCCAUGGUGUGGCCACUGUCAGAGUUUGACACCAGAAUGGAAAAAAGCUGCUACUGCAUUAAAGGGUAUUGUAAAAGUAGGUGCUGUUGAUGCUGACAAACACCAGUCCCUGGGCGGUCAGUAUGGUAUACGAGGCUUUCCUACAAUCAAAGUUUUUGGAGCAAACAAGAACAAACCAGAAGAUUAUCAAGGUGGACGGUCUAGUGACGCUAUUGUUAAGGGUGCAUUUAGUGCCCUCCAAUCUCUUGUACAGGAUCGGCUUAGUGGACGAGGUGGUGGAGGUGCUGGGUCAGAUUAUGGAAGACAGAGCAAAUCAAAUGGCGGCAGUGGAGGUAGCACAAAGGAUGUCAUCCAACUAACCGAUGACAAUUUCGACCGAGAAGUGUUAAAAAGUGAUGAUGUGUGGCUUGUAGAGUUUUUUGCACCAUGGUGUGGACACUGCAAGAAUCUGGAACCCGAGUGGGCAGCUGCUGCUUCCGAAGUCAAAGAACAAACCAAAGGGAAAGUGAAGUUGGCUGCUGUUGAUGCAACUGUUCAUCAGGGAUUGGCUUCCCGAUAUGGGGUCCGUGGCUUCCCAACGAUCAAGAUCUUUCAGAAGGGAGAAGACCCAGUAGAUUAUGAUGGUGGAAGGACAAAAGCUGAUAUUGUUGCCCGUGCCCUUGAUCUGUUCUCUGCAAAUGCACCACCUCCUGAGAUUUUGGAGAUCUUGAAUGAAGAUAUUGUGAAGAAGACUUGUGAUGAACACCAGCUGUGUAUUGUUUCUGUAUUGCCACAUAUCCUUGACACAGGUGCUUCAGGUAGAAAUGCAUACCUGGACGUCAUGGUAAAAAUGGCUGAUAAAUACAAGAAGAAAAUGUGGGGGUGGCUGUGGACAGAGGCUGGGGCUCAGUUGGACCUGGAAACAUCACUUGGAAUUGGUGGCUUUGGUUACCCUGCCAUGGCUGCGAUCAAUGCAAGAAAGAUGAAGUUUGCACUUUUGAAGGGCUCCUUCAGUGAACAAGGAAUUAAUGAAUUCCUACGGGAGCUCUCUUUUGGACGUGGCUCUACUUCAACUGUGGGUGGAGGAGCCAUUCCUAAAAUUAACACUGUUGACGCAUGGGAUGGGAAAGAUGGAGAGCUGCCCGCUGAAGAUGAUAUCGAUCUCAGUGAUGUGGAUCUUGAUGAUUUUGAUAAAGAUGAACUGUGAAGAUAUAAAGAAUCCCUCCCUGUUUUAAUGUUACAUCUUUCUUCUCGGAGGAUUUUGCAAUGUUGGCCACCAGGCCCAUCCUAUCUCGGGUGGCUCGCGCAGUGGUCUCUUUUUAAAUGGAAUAUCCUGUAUGAACUUGAAAAGACCAGUUUCAAUUAACCAAUUGACAGUUCCUCUGGGGAGAACACUGAAAAAAUUCUAUGAAUUGUUGUAACAGUGAUUUUCAUUGUAUUAUGUUUAGAUUUUGAAGGAAGCUGUUGUAAAACCUGUUUGGGGGAAUGACACACUGGGGGGAAAAAUAGCUAAUUAGAAGAUAAAUAUUGGAAAUACCCUUUUGGCCUUGUUGCCAUAAAAAAAAAGUCUUGAAUGUUUCCUUGGCUGAUGCUGCAACAUUAUGUUUAUGUAUUUUACGUUUUGGGUAUUUUCAUCUGCAAAUUUGAUCAGCUUGACCUCGAUUUCUGAAUAAAAUAUUUUUUGACAUA